UAGCUAUCGCUCACUAAUGCCUGAUGGGAAUUUGAUUCAGUCAGAACAAAGGGAGUCGUCUUCGAUAUUCCUUUAUUGAUCCAUCAUCUAACAAAAAAAAUGGAUUUUAGGCCUAAAGAAUCUUCUGCUGUUUUCUUUCUCCUGCUUAUUUUCACACUCAGCAAGAUCAGUGAAGCACAAAGCCUUUGCUCGGCAGGUCCCGUAAGUUUUAUUAAGGAAAACAACCCUGUUAAUGCCAUAGUUACACCAAUCACCGUUGAGGACGGUGUGGCGGUCAGAAUCACUAGUCAAGUUCCAGAGGGUCUCUUCAGCCUUGACGGAAACAAUCUCAUUGCUGUUACUGUGCUGGACUUUGAGACAUUUGACAAAGACAGACCUCAUGAGGUGCGUGUUGAGUGUACAAAAGUUGAUUCUCCUUCUACUACACUGACUCUGAAAAUAAUCGUUGAGGAUGUGAAUGAUAAUCCACCAGCGUUUGCAGAGAGUCAGUACUCACUAAACGUCGAUGAGCUAUUAAAAUUGGAUACCAGUGUUGGCCUAAUCACAGCAACCGAUCCUGAUGAAACUGAUAGACUUUACUACCGUCUAGAUUCUCCUGAGGGAGAAUUCGGCCUCCAGGCUGAUUUCAAUCCCAACAUUCUGGUGAAAAAACUUCUGGAUUACGACAAAGUAAAAAAAAUCACAAUGACGCUAUAUGCACAGGACACGCAGAUUGGAUCUACAGCAGAAGUCUCCCACACGGCCUCAACCACCAUUGAGGUCAAUAUCGUAGACAUUGACAAUCGUCCACCGUGGUUCCAGCCCUGUACAGAAAUAGAUUUUGCCACAAGCAAAGUGUGCAUGAACUCUGGUUAUGAAGGGACAGUCAACUUAAAUGAGCAAGAGGCAGGUCCUUUGUCCUUGAAGCCAGGUCCAGUCGUGGCCAUUGAUGGAGACAAAGGCAAGAACGAGGUCAUUCGUUACACGUUUCUUGAAGACACUGCUGAUCCUAUAUUUCAAAUCAACAUUGACACCGGGAGCAUCACGAUGCUGAAACCAGUUGGGGAGGCAGGACCGAUUGUUCUUACAGUCAUGGCAUAUCAGAAGGAGAACCCUGAUCAGUUUUCCACCACCACAGUCAUCCUGAAGGUGGUGAUAUCCAGCAACUACCCUCCGAAAUUUGUGAAGCCAAGUUACGAAGGCUUUAUCUCAGAGGACGCAGGUGUGGACAGCCUUGUGCUGGAGAGCAAAACAUCCAACAGACCCCUCCGAGUCCAGGCUACCGAUGAAGACUUUUCUAAUGGCUAUAAUCCUGACAUCAAAUUUGAGGUUGUAGACGGUACUGAUUUUUCAAUCACACCAGAGGGUUUCAUACUCAUGGCCAAGACGGUUACCCCUGGCACUGUGAAUUUACAAAUGAGGGUGUUUGACACAAACAAUGAUGAAUCCAGCACCGCUUCUCUUACGGUUGAGGUCACGCAAGGGGUUCCCACUACCACACCGGUCACUACUAUCAUGACUUCGUCCAUCAUAACAACAGAUCAGACCACUGACACACAGCUAACAGCCAUCCCCUCCACCGCCACCUCCACCUCUCACCCUGGUCCUAACACAACUUUGCCCCCCAGCACAGGAGGACAGCAGGGGAAAGCAGGAGAGUACAGUGCUGGGGAAAUGGCGGCUGUAGGGGCGAGUUUGGCUGUGGUUCUCCUUCUCUGCUUGGUUGGCAUUGGAGUGAUGGCGCAUCGCAUCAAGGGCCAUAACGCAGACUGGAAGAAGCUUUCCGAGGCUAGCAUCUUCCGUAGCUCACUUGGUGGGGGUUCAGGUGGUCCUAAGGAGGGUAUGCAGUACAGCAACGAGGGCUUCCAGCAUGACGGGGAUUCUGGAAGUGUGAACUCGAAGUUAGCUGCACACCUGGAGAAUAAACUGGAGUCUGGGCUGAGAAGCGGGCCAGCGCAGGAGAACAUGACCCGCAGCGCCGCCCCCGUUCCCCACACCAGCACCAGUACUCCACCCGACUCCAGCAGCCUGGCUGAUUCAGAAACCGUCGACGGCGAGAAGGAAGUCAAACCGAUCCUGACCAAAGAGCGGCGCUCUGAGGAGGGCUACAAAGCGGUGUGGUUUAAGCAAGACAUCGACCCCAACACCAAAGAGGACGUGGUCAUCAUUCCCGACACUGGUGAGCCGGAGGGAGACCAGGAGGAAGAUGACGACAGCGAGGAUGAGGACAACAUACUGACUGAUGUAGAUUCGGAAGAUGAGGAACUUUGACAUGGAUGCUUUCCUUUUUCAUAUUCCUUUCUGUUAAUAAGUCUGUAAAUAUGUUUCACAAAAUGAACAUAAUUUUCAGUAUCUAGCAAAACGAAGUCAACAUGAAAUCAAAACAGACCCUGUUUGCUUUAUAUAUAUAUACACACAUAUAUUUUAUAUUUACAAACUUUUAUGGAAGAUGCGUUUAAUCGGGAUUCAUCAAUUUGACAGCACUAUAUGUUCCUGUUUUUUUGUGUGAAUGAUUCAUCAGAGCACAUUAUUCUCAAGAAUAUAAUAACUUAAUAUCAAUCAGAAAUACAUUGAAUUAUGGAAGUAAAA